UUCUUUAUAUGCAGUAAAAUAGAUGGUACAAGGACUUCGUUGUGUAGAAACGAAACCUUGUACAAUUUUCCCUUUUACUGUAACCUUUCCGGUUAAGGGCUCUACAAACUUCGUAAAUACUUAUUUUCCUUAUUAUCCUCCAAAACAAGUAAUUUCAUUUGAAUCCGGUACCGUAUAAGACAAGAGCUUAUCACAGAAUGGGGUGCUAGAGGAUAAUAAAGAUAUAGGCCUAAUAUUCCACCUGUGUACACAAAAUAAAUUCAUCGCAGAGUUGUUGCUAGUUUGUACCCAGUGAAUAACAUGUGUAAUCGUGUACGCUGACAACUGGCUUCCAUGCCCCUGAUGCACUCAUGCCCUCCAAUUCUCGUCUGUGUUUCUUCAACUUUACGUUGUCUUGACAAAGGAAAGGGAGCCUGCACGCCUUCAUAGUGAAUAGCUUCUCUAACGGUGGUAGGGGAGGAUUAAAUGGUCGCUGAAGUCUGCUAGUGUUUAGAAACAUUUGAUCUAUUCAAGUAGUCGAACCAUGUAAUAAAAAUUGUUUACGUGGUGAGCUGUAACUGGUUUCCACACGCCACCACCAGUUGUGAACCAAUUUUUCCACUAAAGUGAGAAUAUAGAAAUUACCACCUGCACUCCUUCCCGUUGCAAAUGUAGUCACCAACCGGACAUUGUGUACUGUAGCAGAAUCACAUUAUGUAAAUGGUACCAAGCACUACAGUUCUGCUGAACAACAAAAAAUUCUGGAAAAAUUGAACAGUUGCUCUCAUGAGGAGCUUGCAAGUAUUUGUUUCUGGCAGGUAUAGAAUAAGUCCUACAAGACUGGCACGAUUGUCAAAUCAUCGGCAGAAAUUUGGCUCCUUUGCCAAUCUUGAUGAUGUUCUUAAAGCAAGUGGUAUGACACCUGAAACUCUUGAUAGAUUUUGCAAUAGUGUUCUGUGUCCAUCACCUACUGAAAGGUCACAUGGAGUUAGAGUACAGCUGAUCAAGCCGAACCUCACCAACUCUGCCAGAGAUAACAUACAGAAUGUUAUAGGGAUUAAUUUCUUGCCAUACACUGUGACUUGGGCAAAGAUUGACAGAGAGGGUAAUCUCUUGGAAUGGAAUUUCCAGCACUUGGAUCUUGGGUCCAAAAAACAGCAUCCACUCAAUUUGCUUGAGAUUGCUGCAGGUAUCACAGAAAAGAUUACUAAUUGUGAUGCCUAUGUGAUGGAAGAAAUGGGAACCCCUGUGCAAUUGGCAAAGAAUUUGUUAAGUGCACUUCAGACAGUUCAACUUCGUGCAAUGUUUAUUGCUUUACUUAGUGCAUCUUCUUUGAAUUCCUUUGGAGGUAAUGGCUUCUUACAGGAUAAGCAACAGAAGGUUUUCUUUCUGAAAUCUCAUCUUCCGGCGCGGCUUUUCCAGACACUUAUCGGGUCAGAGCGUGUUUCUGCACAGUCUGUUGUAGAAGAAAUUUUCCAAGGGAAGUCAACUUCUGAAGCUCUUAACUACACACCAAUAAUUGUUCCUAAUCAUGUUCAAGAUUAUUAUUAUGCACGUGACAGUGCAGAGCGAGAAAUGUUGUGCCAGUCCUUACUACUUACAAUGACAUUUAUGGAUGUGGCAGUACAUCAAAAUGAAAGAAGUUUAGCAGCUGUUACUACUCGUAGAAUCUCAGUUUAAUAUUAUUUGUCCUGAUUUUUUACAUGUUUACAUUCAGUUGGUCUAUGAAGACCUUGUUAAAGCAGAUUUGUGUAUCUGUCCUGGUAUUUAGUAUUUUUUGUCUCAGAUUGUCUAGUGAAAAUUGUAAUUGCAAAAUUAUGCAACAGAAACAUUUUGCACUGAAACUUAUUAUUAACUGUCUUGGCUAUGUAAAACUCAUAUUGUGUGUCAUUGGAAGAAUACAUAAGAUUAGAUUAGAUUAGAUUAAUUAUUCAUUCCAUAGACCCAUAAAAGAGGGAAUCCUCCUGGGUGUGGAACAUGUCAGAUAAACACAUUACAAAAAUGUAAUUAGAAAAACUUGAGUUUCAUUAAUUUUAAUGAUCCUCAGUCAGUAAACAGUAAAAUUAUGUACAUGAAUUAAAUUUAAACUUCUAAUAUUUACAGGUUUAAUACUUACAUCUGCUUCCAUUAAAUCCAUCAUUCAGACAUUUGCUAGUUUCUUGGCUAUUACAACCAAGUAUUGUCAAAAAUUAAAGUAAAUUAUUCAUUUUAGUGAUCCUCAGUCAAGAACAGUCAGAUUAUGUACAAGAUUUAAAAUUAAACUUCCACUAUUUACAGACUGCUUUCCAUAUCAUUCACACAGUAGGUAAUUACUUACCUGUUAACAACCAAGCAUCGUCAAAAAUUAAAGUAUAAUAAAUUUUCAUUAAAAUGGU